AUGGAGAAAAUUAUUGAAGCAACAACAAAUCGAUUAAUGAAAUCUCUUCAUCAACGUAUUAGCAAGAUAGAGAAGACCCUUGCAACUGUCGAUAGUAUGAUGGAUGUUGCAUCCACUGAAACAUCCGAUGAUUCAAUGGCAGACAGUGACAAUGAAAUUCAUGUUAUCAACGUUCAACAAAACAUACAACAACAUGCAACACAAAAGACCGCCACAUCUGCAACAUCAAAUUCAACACCACAACAGCACACAACAACCAAUGAUAUUAAAAAACCACCAAACAAGAAGAAAGCAACAUCGAAAACAGUUAAAAGAAAUCGCUCAACAAAUAGUUCAUCAGAUGCCACUAUAACGAACAACAAAGAUAUGUAG